AAAUUUGAUACGAUCCUAAAUUAAACAUUUAUUUUUACUUUGCUUUAACGUUAACACUACUUGAGUUUCGUGUGUGUUUUUCCCCAAAUACAGGAAGCCAUAGACCGUUUCACACGCCGGCAUGUUUAAGGACACCACAACGAGUUAACGUUUCCAUAGAUUUUCGCCCGGCUUUUCCAAGUCAUUCGUUUUAAACAAAUAAAUUCCGAGCAGUUGAAAAGUGGUCUGAGCGACAGGCAGAUAAAAAUUCAAAUAUUCUACCCCAUUCGGUGUACUUUCAAAGCAAAAUUAUUCGAGGUCAAGCACAGCAAACAGCAGUUAGUCCACAAAAUUCGACCGUCGCAUCUGAGGGGGCCUCAAUAGCCGGAGCAUUGGAAGUCAGCGUUUUUGGACCAGGGUUUGCUACUGGACAUCCCUUAAGCCGUCCACCAAGGACCCAGGAUGAAGCCCGACCAGCUCAACCGACUGAUCAGAGUCAAUACGCGAAUGCAGCCCUGGUUUCUGCGCAACACCAGCGCGCUCUACGAAAGUGCCGUCAGGACGUAUUACGAACGCGGCUACAGUUCUCACAAUCGCCACCCACGCCUGCGCACCGAAAAUGUGGGCCCUUUGCGCAGGCUCAAGAGAUCGGAGCCGGUGCCCAGUCCCGCCGACAGCUAUCCGCGCACCCAUGUCCGGCAGGCCGACAAGGUGGUCCACAGCAACUCCGGCCAGCUUCUGUACACGAUGAUGCAGGCGAGUCGUCCUCGCUCCAUGUCCUUCUCGGCGGCUCGCGCCUACCCCCCGGCUUAUGGCCAGGGCUCCGUGCGAAGGGCCGGCAGCUCGAGCUGCUCCAGCGGUAGCAGCAGUGGCUCCUCCCGCACUGAGCUGAUGGUGGGAUCGCUGAGGAAGAGCAAGGCCAGGAGGGAGCGGAAGAGGUCCAUGCACAAGAGCAGGGAGUCCAGGGAGGAACCGCAACUGGGGGACAUGGGGGGCAUGUUCAGUGCCCGAUCCAUGAGCCUGCCUCCCCUGCCCACGGCACCUGGUUUGCGAUCCGGGGCGAUGAUGCCGCCGAGCCGGCAACACCACAUGGCGGUCAUGGCCAAGUCGGCGCUGGCCACGCCCAUGGGAAUUCCACGCGGCGAGGCGGACUCCCUGAUGCCGGUGGAUGCAGCCCUCAAGCGGCGGAUUUCGGUGCUGACUCAGCUGGAGGAUAGCCGAGCCAGGACGGAACUGGGUCAGCAACUGAGCGCUGGAGCCCCAGGCACCGGAAACGGCAACGGGAACGGCAGCCACGUCACCGGAAGUGGCCGCCAACCGUCGGAGACGCGCCUCCGCUUUCAGACUUUGGGCGAUCGCAUCAAGCAGUUCGAGUACAUCCAGUUCGCCGAUGGACCCGUGGCCACUUAUGCCUUCAAUCGGAGUCAGAGGCGACCCAUGGAGAGAAGCACGCCAAGGAGUCGCCUAGAGGACAGCACGGACACCACCACGCGCCGCCUGGAGGUGAGGCAACAGCCGCGCCAGCUCGGCUUCCACAACGUCCUGCACGCCAACUUUCGCCAGAGGAGCCAGAGUCUGGAGUCGGGAGCCGUCCAGCUGAUGGAGUCCCUGGCACCCGUAUCGCGACCAGAAACGCCUCUCGGUCCUCGGGGACUGGGGGGCAACACGCGGGGAUCCAGCCUGGACAGCAGCUCGAGAACAAGUUUCAAGCCCAGCACUUUGAAUGCCACUUGGGCGCAAAUUCUGGAGAGGAAUGCAGAAACUUUCGCAGACGAUUUGGUCAAUAGGUCGGAAGACAACUUCGGUUAUUCAAGGAGCUCAGAGGAAACCUUGGGCGAUUGGGAUGCAGCUGCAGGAGAAGAUCCAUGCAAGUACCCCAGGUCAAGAAGAUCAAAUUUAACAAUAGCUGAACAAAAUGUGGUGGGAAACGCCAACGCUAAGGCAAAAGGAACGGUGAACAAAUUACGCUCCAUUGAGAAGCUAAAGGGAUUGGAAACUUCAGGACCUACAACAUAUAAUUCGGAGCACAGUAAAGCCAGCUCAGGCCCGUUUCCCCAAACACUUCCCGGCCCAGAUGAGUCCAGUCGAGCCACCGUGGCACCAGUGCGUCGUCUGCAAUUGCAGCAGAGAGGUCUUCAGACUGCGUCCAAGGAGGAUGACCAGAUGUCCGAGGACCUGCCUCUUAGCCAUUUCCCGGCUAGAGUCAAGGACAAGGUCAAUGACCAGGUCAAGGAUAAGCCCAAGAAGAAGAAGUCGCUGGUGAGGCUGCAGAAAAACCUGGAGGACAAGCCACGGGUGACCAAGGUGAUCAACAAUCAGGUGAGCCGCUCCAGCCAUCGGUCCUUCUUUCAGCCCCCCGAAGAGGCAGACCUUCCUGCUGGUCAUCCUCCCAAACAGUCGCAUCACGAGAAAAAGCCGGAAAAGAAGCAGGAGAAAAAUCAGAAGCAGGAGGACAGGACCUCAGUUCCCCAGAGCAAAGGAGCCAAUCAGCUGCUGGUAGCGAGUGCCUCGCAGGUUUCGGCCUACAAGCGUGCCUUCCGCACCCAGCAGCAGAUGCUCAAGGCGGAGAUCCUGCACCAGCAGGCGCAGCAUCUGCAGCCAUCCCAAAGAAAUACCCCGACGGAGGAGCCAAAACAGGCGCCCAAGCUGCAGAGCCACCGAGGUUCGAUGCCAAACACCAAUCGAUCCACCAAUCGAGCUGUGGCCAGGCGCAGAGCAGCCAAUUCGGGAGGAAAAGCUCCCACCUUGGAUGAAGGAGUAUCCAAAGCGGGGGCUGGAACUCGAGCCUUACCAACAGCCAAGCCAGAAGCAAAAGGAUCGGAACUGAAACCAAAGGGAUUUAAGGGUCUGUCGGUGAAGGCGGCAGCGACUCCCGCGACCGAGCACUUAACAGCGAAGCGGACUGCGCAAAUGUCCGCUGCCAAAAAGGGAACGGCAACAAAAACAACGAAGAAGGGAGUGGCGACGGCAGGAGGAGAGGGCAGAGGGGAUGGAGGUGGGGCAGCGGGACGCCGGGCUGGAGCGGAAGGAACAGGAACAACAAAGACACGACGGUCGGCGCUGACGCUGGCAGCGCAGCAGCAGCACUCGCGUAGCGGUAACUCGCUGCUCGGCUUUCGGCGCGAAACAGUGAACCGCGCAGCUGCAGCUCUGCUGCCGCGACGCGACGCAGACGAGCCGCUGUCGCAGUUGCAGUUGCAGUCGCAGUCGCAGUCGGCGUCGGCACAGCAGCGGCGGCAGUUUCAUUUUCCCUAUCCCCCGUGGCGUCCCAGCUACUGAGUGUUCACGGUGUAGCGUGCCAUGCCCCGCAUUUCACUACUACUGAGGUAAUUUUCACGAAAUAGAGCGCCAAGGAGGGAGAGAGAUAAAUCCAAUGUAACGGUCAGCCCUAUGGUACAAUAAAGUCUGCAAAAAGGA